ACGGCCCCGUGGGUUCCCGCAGGCCGGCCGGGGAAGUGGUCAGCGGCCCAGCGCGGACACUCGCAGGUAGCCCUGAGCCGGGACUGGGGGGGCCGGGGCCAGAGUUGGGGCCCCCGAGCCCGGUUGGGGAUCAGCCCCUCUCGGAGCACGUGACCGGCGGCCCCGGUAUAAAGCCGCAGGCGGCCCAGCCGCCUCUGCCAGCCGCAAACCCAUAACUCAGCCCCCGGCCCGGCCCCCCUGACCUGCCCCGGCCCCUGCAAGAACAAGCCCCGGACGGGGGGCUGAAACCAGUCCGCGGGCGUCCAGGCGGGCCGUCUCGGGGGCCUGAAGGGCCAGACGAGGCCGGCCAGGAGGGAGCUGGGCCACCGGCAGGCGCGCGUUCCCCUGUUCGCUCUUCGACCUAACGGAUUUAGGGGCUGCAAACUCGGGCCGCACCCGGCGGGACGCAGGCAACCAGGGAUGAGCCUCUCGGUCUCCAACGCCCUGGUCCUGUCCAUCUACGUGCUGACCUUCGUGGUCGGCCUGCCGGCCAACCUGCUGGCCCUGAAGGCGUUCGUGGGCCGCGUCCGGCAGCCGCGCCCGGCGCCCGUGCACAUCCUGCUGCUCAGCCUGACGCUGGCCGACCUGCUGCUGCUGCUGCUGCUGCCCUUCAAGAUGGUGGAGGAGGCGUCCGGUCAGCUCUGGAUCCUGCCCGAGUACAUGUGCGCCAUCACCGGCUUCGGCUUCUACAGCAGCAUCUACAUGAGCACCUGGCUGCUGGCCGGGAUCAGCGUGGAGCGCUAUCUGGGGGUGGCCUACCCCGUCCGCUACAAGAUGGCCCGCCGCCCGGCCCACGGCGUGGCCGCCGCCUUCGUCGCCUGGCUUCUGUCCUUCGGCCACUGCACCCUCGUGGUCAUCGUCCAGUACCUGCCCGAGGACGGCUGCAAGUUCGAGAAGGAGGUCUGCCCCACAGUCCUCCAAAAUGGUCUGGCCGCCACGUCCUGCUCCGCAAGCUCGAACAAGCCCACCUUCUGCUCUGACGUGAACACCUUCACCAGCAACCUGACCAUCGCCGCCAAUUGUUCCUUCAACGCCAGCGUGACCGUGGCCGCCCGGCUGAAGGCCUUAGCCCAGGAGCUCAGAGACACCUGCUCGGAGUCCAUCGUGGUCGAGGUCGCCUCCAAACUGGACGACUGCGCUCAGUUGACCGGCACUUGCCCCCAGAGCAUCUUCUGCUACGAGAACUUCACGGAGCAGCAGCUGAAGGUGGUGCUGCGCGUGCGGCUGGAGCUGUUCCUCGUCCUGUUCUGCCUGCCGCUGGUCGUCACCGUCUUCUGCUACUGGCGCUUCGUGCAGCUGAUGCUGGCGCAGACGCAGGUCGGGGCUCCGCGCCGCUGGCGCGCCGUGGGCCUGGCCGUCGUCACCCUCUUCAAUUUCCUCGUCUGCUUCGGCCCGUACAACGUGUCGCACGUGGUGGGCUUCCACACCGGCCGCAGCCCGACCUGGCGGGUCUACGCGCUGCUGCUCAGCACCCUCAACGCCAGCUUCGACCCGCUGCUCUUCUACUUCUCCUCGGCGGUCGUGCGCCGGGCCUUUGGGGACGGACUGCGCGCUCUGCGCCGCCGGGGGGCCUCCCUGCUGGGCCGGGCCAUGCCCCAGCCGCCGCAGCCGCCCGCGGUGUCGCUGGGCCCGUCCGAGGACACCUCGACCACCUGAGCCCGUCGGGGGAGGA